GGAAUUUCUCUGUGUGAAACUACAAUGUCAUCGCAUAAAUAUAGUCUGACGGAGCUCAAAAACUUGCAAGAAGAUGAUGAGUUGGAUUUAUCGGCAAGCGGAAUUCAAGAAUUCCCCAAUGCAAUCGUCCAACUGCCACGGUUGACGAAAUUGGAUCUGAGCUCAAAUGCAAUCACUUUCUUGCCGGAAUCUUUCUGCAAGAUGACUAAGCUUAUUCGGUUAGACUUCGGAAGUUGCCAGCUUCAUCAUCUCCCUGAUGGAAUCGGGCUCUUGACAAGCUUGCAGCACUUGAACCUUUAUAACAAUCAAAUAGAGGACUUGCCGCUCUCGUUCGCCAACUUAAAAUCCUUGAAGUGGCUGGAUUUGAAGAAAAAUCCGCUCAACUCGAAGCUCGCCGCCAUCGCAGGAAACUGUGGGACUGAUGCCGAGUGUAAGCAGGCUGCCAAGCAAGUCGUCGACGUUUAUAUGGGCGAGCAGAAGAAGGCCAUCGAUAGCCUGAAAGCCCAGGAAGCUAAGCAUAAGGCCAAGGUGCAGAAGGCCCAGGAAGAGGAGAGAAUGAAGAAGAAUCAGGAGAAAAAGGAGAAGGCGGCGGCUAAAAAGGAGAAAGACGCCAAGCAGCAGCGCGAAACUGUCAACGCCGCUUCUCACAAGAACAACCACUCCCAGCAGCCAAAAUCGCAGAAGAAGGAGCCGCAUCCGAAGAAGAAUGAGCAGAAGAAGACGGAGCAGCCACGUGGAUUCUUCAGAAAAUUGUUCGGAUUCGUCUGGUCAUGCGUCUUCUACCUGACAAUCGUCGUCGCAACAUCGAGCACCGUUGCAAUCGCGCUCGACUGCAAGGGCCUCGGAUCACCGAUUCCUGGAACUGCUCCACUGUGCAAGGAUCUUACAUUGAUGGCGACUGGAAACAAACCAUCUGCCGCAUUUGUUAAGAACACCAGAGCCGCCUACGGAUCAGUCUUGCAAGGAUAUCACAACCAAGUCAAGCCACACGUUGCUCCAGUUCAAGCCGCUGUCAGCAAAAAAUGGAAGCAGUUUGCCAAGUCUGAUGUUGGAGGAAAAGUCGAAAAGAUUGCUAUGAAUAUUCACGCUUGGAUUGUGGAUAAAUGGGUCAAAAUUCAGAGAUUCGUUCAACAGACGUGGAACAACGUUGCGGCUUGGUGGAAGAAGAACGGGCAAAAACAGUUUGGUCCAGCUCUUGAAGGAUUCGUACUUGGAGUCAAGAUGGUUUUCCAAGUCGUUGCUGAUGCUCUUCGCAGUGUUGGAGCUCUAUUAGUCCAUUUCUUCGCUCGCGCCAAGACUUUCUUCGUUGCCUUCGCCGAUGGUGGAUUCAAUGCUGCAAUGAACACUUUGAACCACUAGAACCCACACAUUUCAUGAUCAAGUCUCAAUUCUUUGUUCUGAAAGUGUUGUUUAUUCUCCUCUCCUCUCUCUCCUCCUGCCCACUACGGUUAUCGUCCCUUCAAAAAAUCGAUAAAUUUACUCGUAGUUAUCCACGUUUCCUCGAAUUUAGUUGAUUUUUGUAGAUCAUUUUUCUCUAAAAAUCGAAUCCCCCGCCCCGCCCCCGCCUCCACCUUUCCAAUAUAUUUUAUUUAUUUUCACUACGUCUUCUUACUGGUGUUUUUCCGUUUUUUUUGUUGUAGUUGCGGUUUGUUUCGGAUCGCACACAAUUUGUUUCCUCAGUAUUUCAUUUAAUUUAUAUAUGAAAAUAAUUAUAUUCACUGGUUUU